UCGUACGUUUGCAACAACUACAAGUAUAGUAGUAAACUGGACAGUCAGCGACGAUGGUGGUGAUGACAUUGUACAAUACAAUGUUACGUUGAGUAAAGAUCAGCAGUUUACACAGAUAGUGUAUUCAAGGAAUCUAUUUGUCUUUAACAAUACUGAUUUGUCAGAAAAGGGUGGAACGUUUACUAUACCAGGUCUUUCUAAUGGAGCAAUGUACUACACGGAGGUUGCAGCAAAAAAUUGUGUUGGUGAGAGUGUUUCUGUUACACAGUCUUGCUCUACACACUGUGAUAGCUGUAUCUGUCCAUUUUCGCAACCACAAGCAGCCAAAGGAGUAUUUACAUCUGAUGACACAAUAACACUGACAGUAAAUGCUCCUGAUCUUGGCUGCCAAAGUGUCAACUACUUUGUUAGAGAUUUAAUGUCUGCUAAAAGUCUCGAGUCAUCUUUUUCUGUCAAGAAUGGUAUUGUAACUAUUACCAUAACAGGACUCAAGGCAGGAGCAAAUUAUACAGUUCAAGUGUAUGCAGCAGCUGAUCAGUCACAGGAGCGUCCAGUAGGACAACCAGUCACAAUAAGUAUUCAAAUAAGCAAUCCAAGUGGAUUGUCGUCGGGAGUCAUAGCUGCAAUUGCUGCUCCGCCUGUCAUCAUAGUCAUGAUUGUGUCUCUUGUUCUCUGGUGGUUUAAAGCCAGAAGAGCAUCUUCAGAGUCAAGACCUCCACACGUGGAAACUACAGAAGAUAUAAGAUCUGAUUAUGAUACUGUCAUGAGUCAGUCCAGUGCCUAUACUGCAUUCAAGGCCGUGGCAGGAGGAGGAAAUCCAAGAUCAGAAAUCAGAAUGCAGGAAUCGAACGCCUAUGGUGUUGGAAAGAUGCAACAACCUGCCCACCAUGUUCCACAGUAUGAAGUUGUGAUGUAAAGUCACGUGACGGAAUAACAAGCAAUUUACAAAUUGCACGCUUAUGGUGUUUUGCUGUUUGACUAAGCGCUAACUUAGUGAUUUAGUCUUUUCUUGUUGUGCAUGUCACUUUGCAAGAGAAGUAAUGAACGCAUUAAUAUUGCUAGCUAAGCUGAUCAUCGUUGACUUAAUUAAUUAAUUAAUGACUUACCAGCAAUGGUGACUGUGGCA